AGACGGGUCCGUGAAGGCAGCAGGAGAGCACGUGUUGGACGCUUCUGGAAGCUGCUUCCUCUCUCUGGAGCGUCCGGGCCCGACUAGUGCGGACUCACACCCAGCGGCUCCUUCCAGCUCUUACCUCGCCAUGUCUGCCGUGAAAGCUCUCAACCCUAAAGCGGAGGUGGCCCGGGCCCAGGCCGCCUUGGCGGUCAACAUCAGCGCCGCCCGGGGGCUGCAGGACGUGCUGCGGAGCAACCUGGGGCCGAAGGGGACCAUGAAGAUGCUGGUGUCUGGUGCAGGAGACAUCAAGCUGACCAAAGAUGGCAACGUCUUGUUACACGAGAUGCAAAUUCAGCACCCGACAGCAUCAUUGAUUGCAAAGGUUGCCACAGCGCAGGAUGACAUUACAGGAGAUGGAACAACCUCCAAUGUCCUCAUCAUCGGUGAACUGCUGAAGCAGGCUGAUCUCUACGUGUCAGAGGGUCUUCAUCCAAGAAUCAUUGCUGAGGGCUUUGAGGCAGCUAAAGAGAAAGCCUUGGCUGUUCUGGAAGAGUUGAAGGUGACUCAGGAAAUGGACAGAGAGACGCUCAUCAAUGUGGCACGAACCUCUCUCAGGACCAAGGUCCAUGCAGAGCUGGCGGAUCUGCUCACUGAGGCUGUAGUAGAUGCUGUGCUGGCUAUUGCUAAACCCAAUGAACCCAUCGACCUGUUCAUGGUGGAAAGCAUGGAGAUGAGGCACAAGACCGACUGUGACACACAACUGAUCAGAGGUUUGGUGUUGGACCACGGUGCCCGACACCCCGACAUGAAGAAGAGGGUGGAGGAUGCCUACGUGCUGACUUGCAACGUCUCUUUAGAGUAUGAAAAGACAGAAGUCAACUCUGGCUUCUUCUACAAGAGCGCAGACGACAGGGAGAAGCUUGUGGCUGCUGAGAGGAAGUUCAUUGAGGAUCGAGUGCAGAAGAUCAUUGCCCUGAAGAACAGUGUCUGUCCCAAUGGGGAGAAGGGAUUUGUCGUCAUUAACCAGAAGGGUAUUGACCCAUUCUCCCUGGAUGUCCUUGCCAAGGAAGGCAUCGUAGCACUGCGCAGGGCUAAGAGGAGGAACAUGGAGAGGCUCACCCUUGCUUGUGGUGGCAUUGCCAUGAAUUCAGUUGAUGACCUCACUCCUGAGUGCUUGGGACAUGCUGGGUUGGUCUAUGAACACAUACUGGGAGAGGAGAAGUUCACGUUCAUCGAGAAGUGUGGGAACCCUCGCUCCGUUACUCUGCUGAUAAAGGGACCCAACAAACACACUCUCACGCAGAUCAAAGAUGCUGUCAGGGAUGGUCUGCGGGCUGUUAAGAACGCAAUAGAAGAUGGAAGUGUUGUGUCCGGCGCAGGUGCGUUCGAGGUGGCUGUGGCAGACGCUCUGGUAAAACACAAGCCAAACGUGAAAGGCAGAGCUCAGCUGGGAGUCCAAGCAUUUGCAGAUGCUCUCCUAGUCAUCCCUAAGGUUUUAGCCCAGAACUCUGGCUACGACCCACAGGAGACCCUGCUGAAGCUGCAGACGGAGUACAAAGAGUCUGGUCAGCUCGUCGGAGUUGACCUCAGCACAGGGGAACCCAUGGUGGCAGGAGAAGCAGGUGUAUGGGACAAUUACAGUGUCAAGAAACAGCUUCUCCAUUCAUGCACGGUGAUCGCCAGCAACAUUCUGUUGGUAGAUGAGAUCAUGCGAGCUGGAAUGUCUUCUCUCAAAGGUUAAAGGUCAAGUGAAGAAGCCGCAGCUGUUUGUCAUACAUACACAGGGAUAGCUCUUUUCCUGGCGGUUCAGUCGACGUGUUCCUGCUCUUACCACUCUGAAGAACCCCAGUCUGAAGGACUGCCUGCUGUCAACACCACUGUGUCCAUCAGUGUCCGUCAGAAACCAUUGUUCUCCUAGUCAUUGUUCGAUUUCAUGAAUUUGUUAACGCCUCCCUCUGAUUAGUUUAUUUAUGAGAUUUUUGUUAAAAGCACUGACCGCCAUUGCCAUUCAAUUUUGUUUCUGCCCAUUAAAGGUUUUCCUGGCUCCUGAAA